AUGGCAUCCACACCGCUGCCAGCAAGGGACAAGAGUUACCUAGCGUGGAAUGAGCGGCUCAGGAAGGAGCAGUAUGGACGCGGAGUGAAAACUUUGCUCCUCCAAAGUUUCGGGGCCACGCAGGGUCCCUUCUUCGGGAAGAAGGGGGGGUGGAGUGUAGAGGUGUCUGAGCGCUGGAAGAAGUGCAAAACAUUGCCGGAGAGGUGGCAGAGGGUGUACGUGCAGCUGAGGGUCAGGCAGAGGAAGGAAUUUACACUGGAAGUAGAAUGCUCCAGUGGCAAAAAAAGAAGUGUGUGCGAUCGCUGUGCGGGCGGGGAACGUGGCUGCCAUGCCCUUGACUUCAAUGCACCGCCAUGCCUUCUGACACACCAGCUGUCUUCUAAGUUUAACAACCAACCAAUGCUGCACUAUAUUAGAGAUAAAACUGCGGUUCCCUACUUUUCUAAUUUGGUUUGGUUUAUUGGAAUCCAUGUUAUUGAACUUGAUAAAUGUGUCCAGACAGAUGAAGAACACAAGAACCGGGGAACGCUUAGUAAUUUAGUGUCACAACAUUUGGAUCACCUAAACUAUCUCAAUGAUAUUCUGAUUAUUAACUGCGAAUUCCUCAAUGAUGUUCUGACAGAUCAUUUGUUGAACAGAUUGCUACUUCCACUAUAUGUCUACUCACUGGUUAAUCAAGACCAGCCAUCAGAACGUCCAAGGAUAAGCCCUCAAGUGGCUCUGUACCUCUUAUCACAGGUCUUCUUGACAAUCCAUUAUGCACCAUUGGUUAACUCUUUGGCUGAUGUUAUCCUAAAUGGAGACCUUUCAAUGUUUUCUUCUAAACCAGAACAUGAUGUUCAGCAGGGUUCUGCGGACUCCAGCAUUCGUUGCUUCACUAAACCCCAGGAAACACUAGAGAAGUCCUUGGAGAUUAACCGACAGAGAGGGAGGAAGAAACACCAAAAGAGGCCCAACUAUAAAAAUGUUGGUGAAGAGGAAGAAGACGAGAAGCCACCAGAAGAGAUUCAAGAAGACCUAGAUAAAGGGAAAGGUGCAGAGAGUACCUCUAAAGGUGUCAAGGGAAGUGGGGAUACAGAAGAAAUUGAAAUGGUGAUCAUGGAAAGAUCAAAAGCAACUGAAAAAUUUGCAGUCAUAAAAGAGGAGAACACCACUGAUGAAGAGAAGAGUGCUGCAGCAGCAGAAGCCCAUGCCUCCCAAAAUAGACCCUUUCUUGACAUGGUUUACAGUACACUGGAAUGUACUGAGGACGAUUAUUAUACUCUGUUUGUCUUAUGUCUUCUUUAUGCUAUGUCACAUAAUAAUGGAAUAAAGCCCUCUAAACUUGAGAAAAUCCAGCUCUGUUUGCAGCCAGCAAAAGAGGACCGUACUUACAACCAUGUCUUAGUGGAAAGACUUAUCAGAAUAAUGAGCAAUGCAGCAAAUCCAGAUAGCAAGGUACGUUUGGCAACCUUGGAGCUUGCAUGCAUCCUCCUGAAGCAGCUUGUUCUGUUUGAAGGCGACUGCAUCAUAAAGGAUAUCCAUCUAGCAUGCCUGGAGGGCGCAAGAGAAGAGAGUGUACAUCUUCUUGGGCAUUUCUACAAGGGAGAGGAGAUAUUUUUGGAUAUGUUCGAAGAUGAAAACAGGAGCAUGGCGAGCAAGCCUCUAAAUGUAGAGUACUUGAUGAUGGACGAAUCUAUUCUACUCCCUCCAACUGGAACACCAUUGACAGGCAUAGAUUUUGUUAAGCGCCUUCCUUGUGGAGAUGUUGAAAGAACUCGUAGAGCCAUCAGAGUAUUCUUCAUGUUACGGGCUUUAUCGCUCAGUCUGCGGAAAGAGCCUGAGACUCAACUUCCUUUGACCCGAGAAGAGGACCUCAUAAAGACAGAUGAUGUGCUUGACCUCAAUAACAGUGAUUUGAUUGCAUGCACAGUAAUUCCAAAGGAUGGAGACCAAGUGCAAAGAUUUUUGGCAGUUGAUAUCUAUCAGAUGAGCCUCGUGGAACCAGAUAGCAAAAGACUUGGAUGGGGUGUUGUGAAGUUUGCUGGUUUAUUACAGGAUAUGCAAGUUACUGGUGUAGAAGAUGACAGCCGAGCUCUAAAUAUUACUAUCCACAAACCAGCAUCAACUCCCCAUUCCAAGCCAUUUCCUAUUCUUCAAGCUACAUUCAUCUUUUCUGACCACAUCCGUUGUAUUAUAGCCAAACAAAGAUUAGCUAAAGGACGCAUUCAGGCAAGACGGAUGAAGAUGCAACGGAUAUCUGCUCUUCUAGAUCUCCCUGUCCAACCAUCGAAGGAAGUAGUGGGUUUUGGUCACACCUCCACAUCGUCAACUCAGCAUUUGCCCUUUAGGUUUUAUGAACAGUCUCGACGUGUUGGAAGUGACCUUACAGUGCAGCGUUCUGUUUUUGCAUCAGUUGACAAAGUACCAG